AUGGAUGAACUGCCCAAUAUUCAGAAAGAACUUCCGUCUGCAACUGACGUUGUAGGCAAAAGUUUGCGUAUGCACAAUGGUGCAACCUCACUCUACGCAAGUGGAGAAACGUUUAGACAGGACAUGGAUUCGCUUUUAGUCGCAGGAGUGCGCACUCUUUGGAGCCGUUGCAUUCCUCCAGUCAGGCGAGCUCACCAAGUUCAAGACCCUUAUACGCGAAGCACCCGAUACUUGAUUUUUCAUCAAGUAAUUGAAUGCGAUAAACAAAGACCCAUGUUUGGCAGUGUUGAAUCGCGACGUAUAACUGUACCAUUCAUCAGUGGAUGUUCUAGAGAUCAAGCCCAAAACGGUUACAAAUUAGCAAAAUGUUGGACACCCAUAGCAAGCACAUUUCCACUCGCAGGCCCACCAAAACACUAUGUCGUUCUUUACGCUCAUUGUAACACUAUGUCUGUCUAUAAAUAUGGGAACACUGAGCAUCUAAGGAUUUCAAGCAUCACAUUCCUACUCUGUUGGAGAAAUACCCAAGUUCUUCAUGUAUUGAAACCUAAUCGCGGCAUCUUCAUUGUUUUCAAGCAUUCCACUAUGAGAUGGCUACAGAGUACGCCUAGACGAGGACCACUCCCGCCUCAGAAAGCCUUAGACCUUGCUACCAUUUACUUGGAGCAGGCACACAAGACAAAGGAUCCUGUGCUCGCUUUAGAGAUAUGUUUGGAUGCUGAGAAUACUCUCUAUCGGAUACAUCAAUCGGAUCGAAAGUCGCUCGUCGCUGCCUCAGCAAGCGGUACUGACAAUACAGACAGAGCAUUGUGCAAGGCAAUUGCUGCUACUCUGAACAAUGUCGGCGAACUAUUCGACAACCUUGGUCAUCCAGCUCACUCGAAAAGAGGUUACAAGUAUGUAGCCAAAUGGGGUCAUUUUCUGAAAGCCCUCAUAAAAAUCAUCAAACCUUCAACAUAA